AUGGGAAAUAAUUCCCCUCAACGUGAUGAACCUCAUAAUAAUAAUAAUAAUCACUCUCCUCGUUCUUCUCCAAAGAGAUACAACGAUGAUAGAAGAUAUAAUGAUGAUAGACAUGACGAUAGAAGAUACAAUGAUGACCGUCGUGAUGACAGAAGAUACAAUGACGAUAGAAGAUACAAUGAAAGAAGAUAUGAUGACCGUCGUGAUGAUAGAAGAUCUUACGAUGAAAGAAGAUACGAUAGAAGACCUAGUAGUAGUGAAAACAAUGUUGCUCUCCAAGAAGAAAAGUCAAAGGCCACUUCAAUUUUCCUUGGUAGCUUGGAUAGUAACACAACUGAAAAUGAUUUGCGUGAUGCUUUCUCUAAGUGUGGUGAAAUUGCUAGUGUUAAGCUUGGUUUCACUAAACAAGGUCACUUUUUGAGAUAUGCCUUCAUUUCAUUUGCCAACAGAGAAGACACCGAAAAGGCCUUCAAUGCUGUCAAGUCUGGUGAAAUUUCUGGUCAAAACAAAUGGGAUGUUGACUAUGAUGUCGGUAGAGACAAGAAGAGUCAAUUAGGUAUUGCUCCAUCUACUCGUGGAAGUAGAGGAGGUAGAUUUGGUGGAGGUAGAGGAGGUGGUUCUCGUAGAUAUGACGAUGAUCGUUAUAGUAGAAGAGACCAAAGAUAUCACCCAUAUUCCAGAAGAUCACCACCAUUCAGAGGAGAUAGAGGUGACAGAAGUGACAGAGGUGAUAGAAGUGAUAGAGGAGACAGAGGUGAUAGAUCACCAAGUGGUCCAAGAGGUGGUUACUCUCCAAGAAGAUCCCCUCCUUAUGAUUCUAGAAGAAGAGGCGGUGACCGUUACAGCCCACGUCACUACUAGAUUGUACUCCUUAGAUAUUGUGAAAUAAUAAUAGAACUCCAGAGAGAUUCUCUUAUAGAUUAUUGAAUAAAACAGAUGAUAAUGAUAAAGAUUUUCAAGAUUUACAGAGAAGACAUAGAAGAAUAAGAUUGAUCUUCUUUCUUUUUUAGACAUUUGAUAUCUUUCUUGAUUUGAGAUUCGACUCAAUCCUUGACAGAUCUAGAGAUGAUGAAUUGAAUGAAAUGAAACAGUCUCUAGGUUUCUCAACUUCGUGUGAUGAGAAUUUCGAGAAGAAGACAACAGAAUUAACAAAGAAAUAUCGCUCUUUUUCAAGACACUUAUCUUUCUAGAUGAAAGCACAUCGAAGAAGAAUUGGAUCAACAUUAAAAAAGAUUGGAAUUAGAUUUAUGGAGCUCACUAACACCAACAAGUUGGGGAAUUUCUCCACAUGAAAUUUAUCCUCAGUUCAUUCAUUGGCCUUAAAUGAUGACCAAUUUUCCAAUCAAAAAUAAAUUCCUUGCAUUUUAAAGCCC